AUGUGUGUUAUUCUUCUUCAAAGUCCAUCAUUUCGCAAAUUUAUCCAUGAGUGCAUACCAGGCUUUGCUAUUCUAAGUAUCAAUACUGCAAAACAAUUGAUUGAUGACACCUAUAUCUGGAGUAAAGACCAAUUGCAAGGGUUAAUUAACAGCAGCGCCACUACGAUCAAUUUGACAACAGAUCUUUGGACUGCGAAAAGCAAGCUUGGCUACCUUGGAAUAACCGCAACAUGGCUUGAUUCCAAUUACGAAUUCCAUGAAGUUUUACUUUCUUGCCACCAUCUUCCUUAUCCUCAUACUGCAGUUCGUUUGCUUGGUCACACUUAUGUCAAAAGAAUUCCAUGUGCCGCUCAUACUCCUCAACUUUCCAUACAAGAAGGAUUGAAACAAUGUCAAGGAAUUCAUCAACGAAUCAAAAAUCUGCAAUUAUUUUUUCACUCUCCUAAACGCGCUCAAGAACUUCAUGAAGCACAACUUGAGAUAGCUACAAAUGAACCAGAUGAUCAAGAAAUAAUUUACAUGAAUGAAGAACAAAGUUCUCUUGAAAUAUUAUUGGAUGUUCGAACUAGAUGGAAUAAUACGUACUUGGCAUGGAAACGGUUAUUGAAAUUAGAAGAUGCAAUCAGAUAUCUUGAAGUAAAAUUUAGAACUUCACGUCUCCAAGCUAUUCGCAAUGAAGAAAUAACUCAUCAUAUGUCUGGUGCUAAAUAUCUGAUUAUUAAUUUGGUCUAUCCAUAUAUGUAUAUCUUAACACAACAAUUUGCUCCUAAAGAAAACGAAUCAAUGGAUACAUAUCUCGAUUUACUUUAUGAUCAAAUCGAAGAAGAGGCUCCGAAUCAUAUAUCUGAUGAAGAUUUGGUAAAUGUUGAAGAUACUUUGACCUCAACAAGACAAAUUUCGGCCAACAAUAAUGAAGAUAAUAAUGCAACAACAGAUGAAGAUUCUGAUAAUUUUUCCAGCAUUCAAAGUUACAAUCUUGGUCAUAUUCUUACUCGUAGUCAUAGUCGUGAUCGUAGAUAUGGUCGUAAUCAUGGUCACAGCCGUGGUCGUAGCCAAAAUCAUAAUCAACAUAAUUAUCGAAAUCAAAGAGAAUCCAACCAAACAAGUAAUCCAAAUGAUGUCAACCAAACAAGAACCUUACAACCUACCAAUAUCAAUGAAAUAUUGCCUAACGUAAAGGCUGCAAUUUACAUUUCUAUGAAUAAAUCAUGGCAAAUACCUAGCUGUGAAGCAAUGUUGGUUACAAUCUUGGAUCCACGAUUAAAAAGUUUAUGA